GGUCUGCGGAGGCGCAGACGGUACUACGAUAGAGGGUUGAGUACACUCUGUCGGGUUCUGCGAUACCUUAACUCCUGUAGCAAGAGAGGCAAACCGCGACGGGGAUGUCAGAAAGCCGACUACUGAGGAGGGCGCAGAUGUACACUGCACCGUGGCUAGGAGGCGUCGGGGGGGGACUGAGCACGACGUUGGCGGGAAAGGUCAGCGUAGUGGCGGUCGAGGUCGGCGGUGUAAAGGCACCGCGAGGAGGUAUGACCGUCCUGGCGGCAUCGCAAACACCCACACCGGCCCAAAAUAGCCGCGCGCACGCUCCUCAACGGAAAGGACACCGAGAGGAGGGACAAAGCCCUGAGGGAGAUCCUGCCGAGGACCUCGGGGGGCGACGCGCCAGCGUGACCGGGGCGGCUGCGUGCCCGGGAGAGGGCGGAGAGGAUGAGCUGGAGGCGCUCGGCCAUAGGGAGAGUAGAGUCCUUCAAGUGGUAGUGAACGAGCUCGCCGAGGUCGAGGUCGUCGCUUUGGUCGCCCUCGGGCGAAAGCGGGGCAACAACGUCCUGCUCACCAUACUCGAGCACGCUGAAGCGGCGCGAGAAGUGGCGGCCCUGCUGCGCAUAACGGCGGGGACGACCGUGGAAACGGGGACGGUGCUGGGAAGUGUCGUGAGAGGAGGAGGGGGUGUAACCAAUACGCUGAGGCUGGGAGGAGGAAGUGUGUUGAAGACGGGCCCUCAUCCGUUGAUGGUCCCUAGCGCCCUCGUAAGUCUGCAGGGCCGAUGUGAACUCGUACCGCCAUAACUCGGAGCGGUACUUAAGGGUAAGGUUGGCCAAGAAACGAUCGAUAAAGGCAGCCUUGGGAA